AUGAUUUAUAAUCUUGCUGAUGAAACACCAACUGGUUCAUUAAUUGGUAAUAUAGCAGAAAAUUUAUCUAUAAAUUAUCUAAAGAAAUAUACCUACUUAUUAAUUACAUCAAUCAAAUUUCAAUAUGUAAAUGAUUACAUAAAGAUUACAUCUAAUGCUGAUCUAAUCACAUUACGUCACAUUGAUCGGGAUAAUACAAAUGAUAUAUGUGGUCCAUUAAAUUGUUGUACAUUAACUGUAUGUCAAAUUGAAGCGAAUAACAUUCUCACUAAACAAUGGGAACAAGAUUUCAAUCAUGUGAAUCAUUCAAUAAUGAAAGAUAAUCGCCUUACUGAUGAAGAUGAAGAAGUGUUGAGACGAAACUCGAUAACAUUGAAUGAAUCUAAUCAACAAACAAUUAUACGUUUAUAUAUACGAAUUAAUGAUGCAAAUGAUAAUCCACCACGUUUUAUGUCAACUACGAUGAUUAAAUAUGAUCCAUUAAAUGUAUCUCAACAAUUAUAUAAUAGACCAUUUAUUAUUUAUAUCCGAGAAGGUGAUACAAGUGGAUUUGAAGGUUUACCUAUUGCUUCCGAUGCGGAUUCUGAAGUAAAUGGGAUAGUCACAUACAAACUGGUUGAACAUACAAAUAAUGGAGAUCCUGUGAAUGAAUCUCGUUUAAACAUUAGUAUAACAUAUGAUAAUAUCAAUUCAAUCAAUCCAAAAUUAAUUCUCCUAAGAUCAUUAGAUUAUGAAAAUCUAGAUGAUCGUGAAAUCUAUGCAACAUUCUAUGCAAUUGAUGGUGGUGAUCCAUCUUUAACUGGUUCACUAUCAAUUAUAGUUCGACUAUUAGAUAUCAAUGAUAAUCCACCUAUUAUUAGACAAUCUACAAUGAUUGACCAAUCUAUUAUAUUACCAGAGAAUACAACAUUAGAUGAUAAACCAUUCUAUAUAGUGAAUGCAACAGAUGCUGAUUCUGGGGAUAAUAGUCGAUUAGUCUAUUCAUUUAGUCCAUUAGUCAAUAGUUUAAUUCCAUUGAAAUUUCAUAUUGAUUCAAGAAAUGGUGCUAUUACAAUACGUGAACCAUUAGAUUAUGAAAUCUAUUCUGAACGUCAAUUUCUGUUACCGAUUAUAGUCAAAGAUUGUGGUAGUCCACAGUUGUCAACCACUACAUCCAUUUCUAUACAGAUUAAAGAUAUUAAUGAUAAUAUACCAACAUUAAUUAUACAAGAGAAUAUUACUAUACCUGAAGGACAAUUAUUUACAAAACCAAUUAUACGGUUUUAUAUUAAAGAUGAAGAUGAAGUAUCACAUGGAAAAAUCAUUUGUAAACCAACUGAAUUAGAAUCGGAUCAUCUUCAUGAUCAAGAACUUAUAGCUGGUCAAAAUUAUUUACGUUUACAUCCAAUCUCUGAUACUGUAUUUUUUAUAUUUACAAAAGGUAUAUUAGAUUAUGAAAUGAAUCCACGUGUUUCAUUAUUAAUUGAUUGUUAUGAUUUAGCUAAUAUAGAAUCAUUUGAUCAAGUUCAUUUCACUAUACAACAUAUUCAACAAAUGGAUCCAUUCAUACAAUCAUAUUCAUUUCGUAUAACAGUGGCUAUAUCUGAUCAAAAUGAUAAUGUACCUAUAUUUAAACAAUCAAAAUAUUAUAUUACAAUACCAGAACAUUUACCAGAUGAUUCAUAUAUUACUCAAAUGAAAGCAUAUGAUUUAGAUAAUGGGGAAUAUGGACAAUUAACGUAUCAAUUAAAUUCAAUUACAUUCCAUUAUAUUGAUGAUUAUGAUGAUCAUGACGAUCAUCAUCGUGAUCGUGAUGAAGAUCUUCUAGAACAUUCAAAACAUUCAAAAUAUCCAAGCCAACAUGAACAACCAUUUCAAAUUCAUCCAAUCACUGGUAUUAUUACAGUAUUACAUAAUCAAUUAUUAGAUCGUGAACUAAUUGAAUAUUUCUAUUUAUUGAUUUCAGCAAUAGAUAAAGGGAAUUUAACGACUAAAACACAAUUAAUUAUACAAUUAUUAGAUGUGAAUGAUCAUCUACCAAUAUUGCAUAAUCCUAUCAAUAUUGAUUUUCAAGAAAAUCAAAAAAUCAAUACUUUUAUUGAUUUUAUACAUUUAAUUGAUUUAGAUAAAGAUUCUAAAAAUUCACGUAUCCAUUUAUUAUUAAAUAAUAAUCAAUAUCAAUCAAUCAAUCAUCCAUCAAUCAAUCAUCGAUUAAUCAAUAACCAAUCAAUCAAUAAUCCAUAUAAUAAUUAUAUAAAAAUUAUACCAGAUAUAAAUUUUCAUUAUAAAGAAAUGAAUCAAAAUGAAUUAAUAAAUGAAUAUGAAUUAAAAGCAAAACUGAUUAGCCAAUUGAUAAUAGAUCGUGAAAAAAUCAAUAAAAUUUUUUAUAAAAUUAUCACAUAUAAUGAUAAUACUAAUAUCAAUCUAAUAAGUAGUAUAACAUAUACAUUAACUAUAAAUAUAUUAGAUGAAAAUGAUAAUAUACCAAUAUGUAUAUAUCCACAUUAUAAUAGUAUUAUUGGUUAUUAUAAUCAAGAUCAUGACCAUGAUCCAGAUCCAGAUCCAGAUCCAAAUCAUGAUCAUCCAAUAAUGAUUUAUACAAAUACACCAAUUUAUACAUUUAUAUUACAAAUAAAAGGUUAUGAUCCAGAUCAUCAUUUAAAUGGUACUAUCUUAUAUCAAUUAAAUCAAUUUACUAAUGGUAGUCCAUAUUUUUAUUUAAAUGAAUCUAAUGGUAAAUUAUAUACGAAUUGGUUAAUUGAUAAUUUAUAUGAUUCAUAUCAUAUGGAUACUAAUCCAUCAUACCAUCCACCUAUAGAUGGAAUAUAUCAUAUUAAGAUCUUGCUAAAAGAUAUGGGUAUACCAUCUUUAUCAAAUGAAACACAAUUUUUUAUAAAAAUUCAUUCAUUUCAUAUCAAUCAAUCAAUAAUCCAUAAUCAAUCAAUCGAUUUGAAUCAAACAUUUACAUUUUGGUUAUAUAAUCAUCAUCAUAAUCAUCAAUUUUUAUUGAUUGCAUUGAUUAUUUCACUUAUAUUAUUGAUUAUGAUAAUAAGUAGUAUCAUCAUAUGGAUCAAAUCAUCUUGUAAAGAAAAAUUGAGUCUUAUUCAUAAAACAGAAUGUAAUCCAAUUAUAAUAACAACAAAGAAAGAUCAAUCACUAAGGAAACCAUAUCAGAUUAAUUGUUUAUCAACUAAUAGGAAAUAUCAAUAUUCAUCGAAAAUCGAUAAUAAUAAUAAUACGAAUAAUAAUAAUCAUAAUAAUCGAUUAAAUUGGCCAGUGACAAAUAUAAUUCAUCAAUCAAUAAGUGAUAGACAUAGAUAUUCUACUCAUGAUUCAAUCAAUGAUAAUCUAAAUGUUAAUACUACUACUACUGCUCAUACUACUAUUAAUACUACUAAUCAAGAUCUGUAUAGUUAUACAAAUCAUUUACAUACAAAUCCAAUCUGUUCAUUCCCAUUCCCAUAUGAUACUAGUAACCAUAGCAACAACAAUAACAAAAAUGAUUAUUAUGAUGAUCAUCAAUCUAUAAGACAAAAAGUAACUUUAUCAUUAGAUUCAUCAAAUCUGAAUUAUUCUAUAUAUAAUAGUUCUAUACAUGAAUCAUUUAUAAAUGAUCAUUUUAAUAAUGAUGUAUAUAAACAAUCAUUAUAUCAUAGAACAUUUGGAAAUUCUAUUAUUUAUUCAGGAUAUACUAAUUCAUAUUUAUCUUCUAUACAUGAUGUUAAUGAUUAUGAUUCAUGUAAGUGA